CAAUGGAGUACAAAUAUCAUACAACGAUACGCGCUGAUUGGUUAGCAUUCAGUUCUUCAUGGUAGACAUGGCUGAUGGUUGUCUCGUAUUAAUGAGCAAGUUUGUAAUCUUUAACAUAUGUAGAAGUUAAUACAAGUUAUUGAAAUAACAUGUCAAAUAGCAGCGACUCCGAUGAAUUUUUUGAUGCAGAAGAUCUGACACCAAAUCGUUCGUCUAGAAAGAGCAAAACAGGCAUCAGUUCUCAUGUCAUUAACGACAAUGAUUCAGGAAAUAAUGCACAGAAAACAGAAGAUCAAGAAGAGAAGAAAGACGAAAAUUCCACUGUAUGUCAAGAAACCGUGAUUUUUCAAACAGACAGAGAUGAAAUUGAAAAGAGAGUUACAGAAGCUCAUAGGGGUCGCCAUAAGUUUAGAGAACUUCGACAACGAAUGCAGACUGAGGAUGAAGACAUUGGGCCAAAUAAUACAUCACCACCUGACAGUCAAACUUCAUCAGUGGAGGGUAUAUUUGCUGCUCCAGCCAAAACUUCACACCCAUUUCGUAUUAUAGAGCAUGAUGCAUUGAGUCUUCAGAGUAUGACAUCCCUGGGAAGGGUUGGGCGAAUCUUGGGUGGCAUUGUUGAUCCUUCAGUAUCAGGCAGCGUAUCUCGAGAUAGUUCUUCACAAAUUUCAAGUACUUUAUCUGGCCCCAUAGUCAGUAAAGAUGAUGAUUCUGUAUCAGAUACUUCAUCACUUCAAUCACAAACUUCUCACAUGCUUAGUAGUAAUACCACAGUCACAUCUGUUCAACCAUCUCUUACUAGUAGUGGCACAGUUAGUACAAUUUUGUUGCCUGUUGAUUAUUCAUCACAAUCACAAGUUUGUGUACCACUUCAAGAACCUGAUGUUAUUGCAAGCACAAAAAGUGUUAAUAACAUUCCUAAUAAUAAUGGAUCGUCAGAAAUGAGUGCACCUGUUGCUCCACCCAGAAGAAAAAAGAAGUGCAAGAUACAGACCCCUUGCACUUUGUCUCCUGCUUGUGCGGAAGAGACUUACUCUAAAUCAUCACCUCUGCCAAGCCCGGCCAGCACAAUUGAAUCUUUGACACGAGAGUUUGAACAUUCAUUAGACAUCAGGUCGGCAACAAAGGGACAGUAUGUUGUGAAACCUCAGGAUGAAGAUAGAGCCAAAGCUGAGGGUCCCUCAGAAGAAGAACUAGUAAGACUUGAAAAGCUAAAGGCUGAAUUGUUGAGUUCUGAGCCAAGGAAGCCAAGUGUAACUGGAAGCCCUAUGAGCUCAAUGAGUAGUAACAGCAUCGGUCGUAAUAUCACUGCUGCCCACAAACUGGGAAUUAGUCCCCGAGGGUCAAAGGAGCGGAGGCGCUCAGCAGGAGAUGAACAGGGCAUGAUGUCACAAUUGAACAUGCUUGUUCGAACAAGAACUGAUUCAGGAAAACAGCUUUCUGAUCUGGAAAUUCUGGAACAAGUAACAGUACUAAAUCUUGACACAGGUGAAAGAGUUCCUCUUAGUAUUGCAGAAGAUAAAUUACCUCAGUGUAUCAAUCCACUGUCUCUUCAUAUAAUGCGUCUUACUUCUGAAUAUGUUAGCAAUUCCAGUUUGGAAAAAGAAAAGGAAUCUGAUGAAGAAAGUGUUGAUAGCAAGAAAUCAUCUGUUCCCCCUGAAGAAGAUACCGAUAUAAGUAAAGUGAAAAGACGUACAGCACAAUUAAAGAAAUUUUUUGGUUCUAAAGUAAAGAAAACUAUGGAUAAAGCAAAAUUCAUUGCACAGGAAGUCACUCAUGCACGCCAUAAAGAUGAUGUGGAUGAUAUUGGUGAUGAUGUGACUCCAGGUGAGCAGUACAUUAAAUUAAAAGUGUCUGGAAGUCACAAGGGGCCAUAUGAGUUUGACAGUCUGCAGCAUGUUCAGGAUUUGAGUGGUGAACACACGGGGCCAGUGUGGUGCAUGAAGUUUUCCUCAUGUGGCAGACUGCUUGCAACUGCUGGGCAGGACCGUGUAUUGCGUAUUUGGGUGGUAAGGAAUGCAUAUACAUAUUUCCAAGAUAUGAGAACUAAAUAUAAUGCUGAAAAAGUCUCCCCCACGCCUUCUCAAGAAUCACUAGUGUCACAGCAUUCAUCAGAAGAUCCAAAUGCUGCAUAUAUUGACAUUAAAAAUGAAGAAGGUCACAGACAUCCAUUUAUGCCCAAACCAUUUUGCACUUACACUGGACACACUUCUGAUCUUUUAGAUGUAUCUUGGUCCAAAAAUUAUUUUGUUUUAUCAUCAUCAAUGGACAAAACUGUCCGGUUAUGGCACAUAUCAAGGAAGGAGUGUCUUUGUUGCUUUCAGCAUAUAGAUUUUGUUACAGCAAUAGUAUUUCACCCACGAGAUGAUCGUUACUUUUUAAGUGGUUCUCUAGAUGGUAAGUUACGCCUUUGGAAUAUUCCUGAUAAAAAAGUAGCGGUUUGGAAUGAAGUAGAUGGUCAGACAAAGUUAAUAACAGCCGCUAAUUUCUGUCAAAACGGUAAAUUUGCUGUUGUGGGAUCAUAUGAUGGUCGUUGCAUUUUUUACAACACAGAUCAGUUAAAAUAUCAUACACAGAUUCAUGUGCGUUCAACCCGAGGCAAGAAUUCGACGGGUAGGAAAAUCAGUGGUAUUGAGCCAAUGCCAGGGGAAGACAAAAUUCUUGUUACCUCAAAUGAUAGCCGUAUACGUCUGUAUGACUUGCGUGACCUCAAUUUGUCCUGUAAAUACAAGGGAUAUGUUAAUGUCAGUAGCCAGAUUAAAGCAAGUUUUAGUCAUGAUGGCAAGUACAUUGUUAGUGGCUCAGAAAAUCAGUGUAUAUAUAUUUGGAAAACUCACCAUGAUUAUUCGAAAUUUUCUUCUGUUAGAAGAGAUAGAAAUGAUUUUUGGGAAGGAAUUAAAGCUCAUAAUGCAGUUGUAACCUGUGCUGUUUUUGCUCCUAAUCCAGACAUAAUAAUUCAUCAGAUAGAAGAGCAGGAAGUGGGAGUGAAUGUGCCAGGUACCAAAAUUGAUGAAGAUCCAAUGGUGGAGCAGAGAACAAAAGGGUGUGGGGGUUAUGUAUUAGUAAGUGCAGACUUUAAUGGUAGCAUUAAAGUAUUUCUGAAUAAAAUGAAACCAAAACAUAGCUCUUUGCCAGCAUCAGCUCUUGCUUGAGAUGUAUUUUUCAAAUGCUUGCAUGUGUGACAGCUUUAUAUUUGAUGGGCAUUGAAAAUAAGAGAAUGUUAUUCUGAAAGCCCCUUAAAAUAUAUUUUAAGUUCCUAAAUUUUAUGUAUACUGUGAAUUGAUAGUUGUUACAUAGAUUUUUCUUUUUUGACUUGAUCUUAGUUGUUGUUAUUAGUUAAUUUGUUGUCAUGAAAUCACUGUCUGUCCUGCAAUUGACACUGUUUUGAGGUCAUUUCUGUGUGUUGUGCAACAGAACACAUUUUAUUUAUUCCGCACAAAACUGUUGUGAAUCAGGUUUUUAUUGUUUGAAUUCAACUUCCUUGUUGAUCCAUUGUUAUUGCUACAUUUGCAAGUUGGUGUUAUUGUGGGUGCUCCUUAAUGUAAUCAAUUUUAGUUACCUGUAAAGAGAAUAGUGUGUGUGAUGAGUGUAUAAGUAAUAAGGGGGAAGGAAGAAAUGCAAUUGUAUUUGAAUACUCUUCAGAUGUGGUACCACGUCAGAUUAAAAUCAAGUCCUAAGAAUGGACAAUUAUUGUUUUAUAUUUGCUUCUGUUCUCUUUAGAAUUUGGUAUCAAGAGCAAGUAAAUAUUUUUGUAACAUGAUAUAUGCAUAUUAAUGUGUUGUAUGUACUGAUUAUAAAUUUACUUUAUAUUUUUUAAAUAAACUCUGCGUGUAAAUGAUGGUUUAUUGCUCAAAGCAGUAAAAUCUUGAAAACCAGCAUGGCUUUCCAUCUUUAUGACAGAGGAACACACUCUUGUUUUCAAAUAAAAAUGUAUACAAAAUAUUUUACAGCAAACAUAAUUUUCUGUGAAAGGAAUGGAUAAAACUGAAUUGUCAAUUAAGAAAAAAAAUGUUCAUCAUGUCUACUCAUUAUUUGCAUAUAUUGUAUUAUACUAGUCUGGAUUGUGACAAUGUGUCUUUUGCACAUUGAUGAUGCCCUGAAAGGAAAACAUGUAAGUUAAUGGGGAUUAACAAGUGCCUUGCGUCUUUUCAUGGAACAGUUUGAAUUAUCCUUAUUGCAUUUCUAUGUUUAUGCAAUCAGAAACUGAAGUGUUUAAGGAAAGGUAAAAGAAAAAGGAUAUACAAUAUAUGUUAUUUUUUUCUUUGUUAUUAAUUGUAAUACAAUUAAUGAAAAAAAUGUUUCUUGAGGGUUACUUGCCACUUUGUUAUUAAAAUUACAAAUAACACUAAUUAGGAGCCUAUUUUGCUUUCUCUCUUAUCUGUCUUUUUCUUUUGUGAAUUUCAUUAAAAGAAUCUGAUGUAUGAACUUGGAUUUAGGUACAGGAGUUUCAGAUAUCAAUUUAUAAUAUUUGUGUUAUGAGCAAAUUGUAAAUUUCAGACUUUCAGAAAUCAGAAUUAUGAUAUUUGAACUUACUGACUGAAGCCAGUAUAGGCACAGUGCUGGGCAUUGUGAAUAGUCAAUAAUGAUUGAUGCCAUUGUUCAUAAGUAAAUGUACUAUACUAACUUAUAUUUGUUGUAUAUAAAUAAUGCAAUGUUAAUAUAUGUAAAGUUUCAGCAUGUAAACAGUGAACACCAAUAUAUAGAGGAAAUAAAAUACCAUUCCAACAUA